AUGCCUUCUGUUUUAUUUCUUCCAGACCAACGUUCUCGUUCUCUCUCUCUCUCUCUCUCUCUCGGGGUCUACUGGAGGAGCGGAGCGCGCACUGCUGCAGUGGUCCUGAAGAUUUGCAAGGAUCCGAGAGCCGGGGCAUGGUCAGAGGAAGUAAUCGUACCCCGUCCUGGUCAUGCGCAUCUGGUCAACUUGCGUGGCCUGGGCAGGUGGGGAGGAGGUAUUGUUCAGCGGUUUUGCGGGGAGGGAGGAGGGGGUUUCGGAGGGGCACGAGUGGUUUCGAGGAGGGACGGGAGUGGUGUUGGGGAGAGCAGUAAGGGGCGACGGGCACGAUUGCUCGAGUGGGUUUGAUGGUUGGCGAGGGCGGAAUAAGUUCGCGUGGUGGUGCAGGGAAGAAGAGUCCGUAUGAUGGCUGUCAGAUGUUGCCAGGGGAGUAAAAAACAGAUCGAUCUGAUUGAUCUGAAUGAUCUGAAUGAAUGAAUUUUGCUCUAAAUCUCUACAGUGAGGUGCGGGGAGAUCUGGCUUGAUGAUGGUCUUCUCGGUGCUAUUAACUGUUUCCCUUAAUGGUGAAUGGCAGAACAGUAUUCACAUCUGCUAGUACCUGCGGAAGAAAGUGAGGUGCGUGAGAUAGUGUUUGGGCUGGUGUCGGGAGAUACAACACAAAUCAGUAAAGUAGCUCGCUCGUCCGCCUGGUGGCGCAAGGGCUCACUUUCAGUUGGUUUGGCUGUCAACGGUUGCACGAGGUCGAGGGGAAGGCGCACCAUUUGAGGAGGCUUUGGAUGUGGCCCAAGAUUGGGGAGGGCGUUCCACUCCGUUGUGUGAGGGGGUGACUUUUGGGGUCCGAAUGCUCGACAGUGCCGACUACGAGGACGUCUGGGAUAUUCUAUGAAGUGGCAUUGGGUUCGGCAUGUUAUUCUGGUUUGAACGCUUACGAGAUAUAAAGUUAUUCUGGUUUGAAUACAAUUCCGGCAUCCAUGCAAGUCAUGGAGGAGGGAAGUUUGCGUGAGUUAUGAGAUCGGCAGUAGAAAAGCUUGAUUGGACGUGAACGGAGUGGGGGGCCGAGAACCCAUGUGGACGUAGACGGCCUUAUAGGGCGUAUAAGAGGAGAGCAGUGUCGUCGCCAAGGCUAGAGAUCACGAGUGAUGGGCAUAAGCAGCUGUACAAGUGUAGUUCGACACCUCGGGAAUGGAAUGACUGACUGCCUGAGAGCCAUGCAGGGCUUAUCUGCCAGGAAAAAGCGAGCAAACCUAGCGUCUCCGGGUGUAGAGACCGUGCACCGUUAAGAUAUUGGUAAGCUACCAGCUGACUGACCCUACCCUACGU